AAAGAAAAAAAUGCUACUAUAUAUUAUGGCCAGUGCUUAAAAACGGUAUCAAAAGAAAAGAAAAAAAAAUGUGGAAGGUGAAGUUAUUGCCAGCGGUGUGGUUAACCAAAUGCUACAAUGAAAACUUUCUCCUGCACCCUUUUAAUGACUCUAUAAAUAUUCUCUGCACACUUUGCUCUUCACCACAGAUAGACACAGUCCCACUCCUCUUAUUCCAUUUACUUCUUGCCUCCCUUGCUCCUUCUCUUUAUCAUCACCAUCAACCAAUUUGAAAUAAAAAAAAAAAAAUAGCAUGGUGUUCCCAAUGGUGCUUCUGAGACUUGCAGACUGGGUCUUGUACCAGCUGCUUGCUAACUCGUGUUAUAGAGCAGCAAGAAAAAUGAAGAGUUAUGGAUUCCAUUUGGGGUAUUUGUCAUCUAAACCACCCCUUCAACCUUCUUCUUUCCCUAGCGUUACCAAAUGUGAUUUGGAGGGUAGAGGCUCACAAACACUUGUUGCUUGUGACAUUCAUAGAGUCCUUUUGAGGUCCCACUCCUUCUUUCCUUAUUUCAUGCUUGUUGCCUUUGAAGGUGGCAGCAUUUUAAGGGCACUCCUCUUGCUCUUGUCUUGUCCUGUGUUGUGGAUUUUAGACCAUGAGUUAAGUCUUAGGGUCAUGACCUUCAUCACCUUUUGUGGGCUAAGAACAAGUGCCAUGGAAAAUAUGUCAAGGGCUGUUUUGCCCAAGUUUUAUUUGGAGAAUCUCAACCUUCAUGCUUAUGAGGUUCUGGCCUCAGCAGGGUCUAAAGUUGUUUUCACUAGUGUGCCUAGAGUUAUGGUGGAAGGGUUUCUUAGGGAGUAUUUGAGUGUCGGUGCUGUUGUUGGCACAGAGUUGCACAGUGUUGGUUGCUACUUUAGUGGUUUGGUUUCUGGUUCUGGCUUGCUUGUGAAGCACAGAGCACUGAAGGAUUAUUUUGGAGACAGAAAGCCUGAUAUUGGGGUUGGAAGCUCUAGUGUUCAUGAUCAUCUUUUUCUCUCCCUUUGCAAGGAAGCAUAUGUGGUGAACAAUGAAGAGGGCAAGGGCAACCCAAGUUCAGUGUUGCCAAGGGACAAAUAUCCAAAGCCCCUAAUAUUCCAUGAUGGAAGACUAGCAUUCCUGCCUACUCCCUCAGCAACUCUAUAUAUGUUCAUGUGGUUUCCAUUAGGAAUUCUUUUAGCCAUUUAUAGAAUCCUUUUGGGUAUUCUACUUCCUUAUGGAUGGGCAAUGGCAUUAGGGGUUUGGAGUGGCAUAAAUCUGCAAGUCAAAGGCAAUGUCCUAGAAGAAAAGUCAGAGCAAAACAAAGGGGUCCUAUUUGUAUGCUCCCACAGGACUCUCCUUGAUCCUGUUUUCCUAAGCACAUGUUUGGCAAAGCCUUUGACUGCAGUCACAUACAGCCUAAGCAAAGUGUCUGAGUUAAUAGCCCCUAUUAGGACAGUGAGACUAACAAGGGACAGAAGAAAAGAUGGUGAAACCAUGCAAAGGCUCCUCAAAGAAGGUGAUUUAGUGGUGUGUCCUGAAGGAACAACUUGUAGGGAGCCAUAUUUACUAAGGUUCAGCUCACUGUUUGCUGAAUUGGCUGAUGAGAUUGUUCCUGUGGCUGUCAAUAGUCAUGUGAGCAUGUUCUAUGGGACCACAGCAAGCGGUUUGAAAUGCUUGGACCCUAUUUUCUUUCUCAUGAAUCCAAGGCCUAGCUACUAUAUUGAGGUUCUUGGAAAGGUUCCCAAGGAACUAACAUGUGCCGGAGGAAGGUCAAGCUGUGAAGUGGCAAACUAUAUACAGCAAAAGUUGGCUUGUGCUUUGGGAUUUGAGUGCACCACACUUACUAGGAGGGAUAAGUACAUGAUGCUGGCAGGGAAUGAAGGGAUUGUGCAUGAAGACAAGUGGAGAAAAUGCUAUUGAUAGAUAUGAAAUGUCAUAUUGUCUUGUCCACUUAUUUUUAGGUUGCCUUAUUUUGUGCUUCUUUCUUCUUCUUCUUCUUUUGUUUUUUUGCUCUUAUUGGAUAUGACAUUUAUGAUUGUGAUAUUAACUGAAUGAUAGUGUCAAGCACUAGCAUAUCUACUUUACGUA